AUGUCCCCCGCAGGUGGUAAGGGUCGCCCAUCCCUGGUCCCCAAGACUCCUGAAGCCCCCACCAUCUCUUUUGGGGACCUGCUGGAGGAAGUGGGCAGCAUGGGGCUCUUCCAGUUCUUCUCCGUGCUCCUGCUUUCCCUGCCGGUCCUGCUUCUGGCCAGCCACAACCUGGUGCAGAACUUCAGUGCCGCCUCGCCAGAGCACAGGUGCCGUCUCUCGCCUUCCACCAACGCCUCUGGUGGGCACCCCGUGCCCCUGGACCAAAGUCAGCUCCCAGACAGGUGCCGGCGCUUUGUCCACAGGAUGGUCCUUGACCCCAACGGCUCCCUGGACAAGGACCGAGGGGCGGAAACGGAGCCAUGUCACGACGGCUGGCUGUACGACAACAGCACCUUUGCCUCCACCAUAGUGACAGAGUGGGAUUUGGUAUGUAACCUGCAGCCCCUCAAGAACCUGGCACAGUCUCUCUUCAUGGCAGGCAUGCUGGUAGGCGCAUUCAUCUUUGGAGACCUCUCAGACAGGUUUGGUCGACGGCUGAUUCUCAUCUGGUCCCUACUGCUGGUCGCUGUCAUGGGAAGUGGAGCUGCCUUAUCCGCCAGUUUUGCUGCCUACUGCGUCUUUCGCUUCCUGAGUGGUGUGGGCAUCUCUGGGUUCCUCCUCAACUACAUCUGCCUCAGUCUGGAGUGGGUGCCCACCCGACACCGGGCCAUAGUGAUCGCCACACAGAGUUACUGCAGCACGGCAGGACAGGUGCUGCUGGCCGGUCUGGCCUACGGCAUUCGGGACUGGCGCUGGUUGCAGCUGGCCAUCUCUGCGCCCUUCUUCUGCUUCUUCGCCUACUCCUGGUGGCUCCCAGAAUCUGCACGGUGGCUCCUCGCCAACAAUAAGCACGAGGCUGCCUUGUGUAACCUGAAACGUGUAGCCAAGAUCAACGGGAAGGCAGCCACGGGAGACACCGUGUUCCUGGAGGUGAGUGGAGCUCCCAGUGAUCUGUGCCUGCUCCAUGGCUCAGCUCCAGCAGCUGGACUGAUGCUGGAGACUCAGGUGGGAAGCAAGACCUCAGGGAGGGGUGCCCACUCCUGCUUGGACCUCUUUCGAACACCUGCCCUGAGACGUAUCAGUUGCUGCCUCAUGUUCAUCAGCUUCUCCAUGAACAUGGCAUACUUUGGCCUCUCCAUGGACCUCUCAAUGUUUGGCCUGAACAUCUUCUUGAUGCAGUUGUUCUUUGGAUCGAUAGACCUGCUGGCCAAGAUGGGGUGCGCCCUGCUGCUGACUUUCUUUGGCCGUCGCACCAUUCAAGCCACCUCCCUGGUCCUAGCUGGGGCUUUCUUGUUGGUCACACUCCCUGUGCCUCCUGAGAUGCUGUUGGUCCGGAUGGCCUUGGUGGUGCUGGGGAAGGGGUGCCUGGCAGCCUCCUCCAUGUGCUUGUAUCUCUAUGGGGGUGAGCUGUUCCCAACAGUCAUCAGGCAAACAGGCACCAGCUUCGUUACGGCAAUGUCACGUCUGGGUGGCAUUGUGGCACCGAUGGUGCUGCUGGCUGGUGGUUACCAGCCCUCCCUGCCUCUGCUGGUCUUUGGCAUUGCUCCCAUAAUCUCCGGCAUUUCUGCCGGCUUCCUUCCGGAAAUGCUCCAGGUCCCCCUCAUGGACACCAUCGAACAAGUCGAGGAAAGAGCCAGCUGGAAAUCUAAAGCCAUCCUCGAAGAGAAGCCAGGGAAGAUCAUGGUUCAUGUCAUCCGUUCGACCUACUUUUGA